AUGGUUUCAAGAUUAGAUGGUGAUCAUACUCAAAGUUGUAGACGUGUGCACCACCAACUGAAAAUCAUUGUCGCACCAAUGAAAGUUAAAGAUGGUCAUAGUUUAGUAUUGGGUAAAUUUGAAGAAUUCCUUAACAAAUUAGAUGAAUCUGCUACCAAUAAUCAAAUGUCAAUAAUAUUAGAAAUUUAG